CAGCCCACGCCCACUCCGACUUGCUGCACGCUCUACCCCUGAGACGGCCCAGUUCCGCGACGACUGGCUACCGCCGAAACCAGCCCGCCCGCGCCCCACCCCGACUUACCGCGCCCGCCCGCCUGCAGCCUACGACGUCGUUCGCUGCCCCUCCCCUCCACCUCCCAACCCCGCCCCGGGUGGCAGGUUCAGGCCCCGGGUCCGAGCCUGUGCUCCUGCAGCUGCCACCGCCGCCGCCAGAGGUAGUCUCCGUCGGGAAACGUGGUGCAGCCUCUUUGGUGCGAAGGUGCUUUCAAACUUUAGGUUUCUGUUCCUUUCCCCCACGUUUCCGAAGAGCAUAGAGGAAGAUGGAGAGCGAGUCUGGGGCGCAAACAUCAAAUCAGACGCAAACAGAUUCAUUAUCUUCAUCCCCUAAUCCUGUGUCACCUGUGCCUUUGAAUAACCCAACAAGUGCCCCAAGAUAUGGAACAGUGAUUCCUAAUCGCAUCUUUGUAGGAGGAAUUGACUUUAAGACAAAUGAAAAUGAUUUAAGAAAAUUUUUUUCCCAGUAUGGGUCUGUAAAAGAAGUGAAGAUUGUAAAUGACAGAGCUGGAGUGUCUAAAGGGUAUGGUUUCGUCACUUUUGAAACACAAGAAGAUGCACAAAAAAUUUUACAGGAGGCUGAAAAACUUAAUUAUAAGGAUAAGAAACUAAACAUCGGUCCAGCAAUAAGAAAACAACAAGUAGGGAUCCCUCGUUCAAGUAUAAUGCCAGCAGCUGGAACAAUGUAUCUAACAACUUCAACUGGAUAUCCUUACACUUAUCAUAAUGGUGUAGCUUAUUUUCAUAGUCCAGAGGUAACUUCUGUCCCACCACCUUGGCCUUCACGUUCUAUAUCUAGUUCCCCUGUGAUGGUAGCUCAGCCUGUUUAUCAACAAUCUGCAUAUCACUACCAGGCCCCUGCACAGUGUCUACCAGGUCAGUGGCAGUGGGGUAUUCCCCAGUCUACUGCCUCUUCUGCUCCAUUCCUAUACCUACAACCGUCUGAGGUUUUUUAUCAACCAGUGGAAAUUGCACAGGAUGGAGGAUGUGUUCCUCCUCCACUGUCUCUGAUGGAAGCUUCAAUUCCAGAGCCUUAUUCUGAUCAUGGAGUUCAAGCAACAUAUCAUCAGGUUUAUGCACCAAGUGCCAUUGCUAUGCCUGCACCUGUGAUGCAGCCUGAACCAAUUAAAUGUGGAGCAUUCAUUAUUAAGACAAAUGGGCAGCUCUAGCCCAGCUCAACUGAUUUCUUGUUCAAUGAUCCUUGUGUGGCCGACAUCCUGCUUCAACGAACCGGCUAGAAGCUGCCCGUUGUGAAACUUAGGGUUAGUUUAAUACCUCACCAUACUUAUUUAUUUCACUAUAAACUGUCUAAAUUUGAUGAGAUUUUCUUUUUCAGCCUUGCUCUACAAAAUUAUUUAGGUAGAUGUGGCAUGUUGGUUUUUUAAUGUGUUAAUCUAACUGUAGUGAUGUUUUCUACAUGUUUUAUCCAUUCCAUAAAUAAUAACCACAAUGAGAAUAGUGAGUGUCUUUCAUUUUCUCUGCUUUGUGUUAUUCUUCUUAACCUUUAGAGUUAUGUUUGUCAUAAUUGUUGCUAUCUUUUAAUAUUUAAGAGUCAUUUCAAAUUCUAAUAGAAUUUUUAGUACUUUCAUGCUUUUCAGUAUAUAGUUAAUCUUAAUGACUUGGUUCUGCUUUGCUAUUUAUU